GGCGGCGGUGCGGUGAUUUAGCCGGAGCUGCGAUGCAUUUAACAGCAUUGAAUAUUGUUCAAUAACGGAAAAGCGGUUUAUUGUAAUUUUAGAUCCGGUGCAUUUUAAGUUCUUUACAUAUUAAGAGCAGUGCACUUGAAAUAAAGUUUUAUUUGGGCGAUACUUUCUAUUCAGCUGUAAGUUAAGCCAAUAAAGUAUUUUCAAUGUAAGAAAGGUCUACAAAAGUCACACAAACAUAACCAUGAGCGCCGCCGAUAUAAAUAAAGUAGACAACGAAGAUGACAACAAAACCCUGGAUAAGUUGCAAAUUGAGGCAGAGGAAAAGGAAAUGAUGUUGAAAGUGGAACAUCUCGCCGACGACGAUGUAGAACUCCGCCACGACGAAGGCCCAGUCAAGACGGCGCUCUCUGGGGAUAUCACGGAACAAGGGCGUGAAGUUAAACCAAAAUUCAUACCAAUUGGCGCCAUUAAAAUGCCCGGUUUCUUUACAAGAAAUUCUGACAGGGAAAAGUCUAAGGAAGAGGAAGCAAUUGAAAAAGACACUGAUAAUGAAAAGAACCUGGACAAAGCUGAUGAUGAAGCCAAAUCCAAACAGCGCUUCCAGUUUUUACAAGCUUACCCGUUUACCAAGUUUCUUAAGCAGACUCCAAAGAAAAAUGAGGGUGAAAAUCCUGGACAGAAAAAACGUUUAGGAAUAUUCAAUGUGAUGUAUCCAAAAAUGUUUCAAAGACGUCCUGCAGAGGCUGCUGAAGCCACCCUCGCAUCUAUGGAGACUUUGGAAGAUAAAGUUGACACCCCUAAUGAUGGAAUGGAGACUGUCAAACUGGAUGUGGCUGAUGAACAAGAUGGAAAAGUAGCCACAAGACUGCCACUAAAAGAAAGAAUUCGGCAGAAGAAGUUCAUUAUAGAUGAUUUAAUGGUGUGCGGAGUGACCGUGCUGGUGUUGCUAGCGGUCAUCAUCGGGAUAGUGAUCGGCGCCCGCUCCGGCCCGCCCCUGGAGCGCCCGCUGCGGCUCGGUCGCUUCAUAACUACACAGACUUCUUGCGGACUAGUUGAAGGUAUUCUCGAUGAUGGGGUCUACAAUUUCUUCGGGAUACCUUAUGCUACUCCUCCAGUGGAUGAAAAGAGGUUCACUUAUGCACAACCCUUGAAUAAAUUAUCGAUGUGUUGGAACGGUACUCUGGAAUGCUACGAACCGGCUCCUCUGUGUCUACAGUUUUUGGAAAAUGGGACCACGGUGGGCCACGAAGACUGCUUAACUCUGGACGUAGUCACCCCUCAUGUGAGAUACGACUCCCCGCUGCCGGUCGUCGUGCUGAUAGGUGCCAACACGCUAGCGGGCGGCAUCAGUCCCGCUCAACCGUCCGCUAUGUACGCGCGUACAAAGGAAGUCGUUUUCGUUCGGCCUAAUUUCAGACUCGGUUCUUUCGGGUUUUUAGCUCUAGAUAUCCUAUCUAACUCGAAAUAUCCGCCGACAUCCGGCAACUACGGUCUCAGUGAUUUGAUCGUGGCGCUGCAGUGGAUUCAAAAUAAUAUUAAACAUUUCGGAGGCGAUCCAGAAUCCGUAACACUGUUCGGGCAUAGAGCCGGGGCGACCCUGACCGCCGCUCUGACGACCGUACUGAACGCCCACAAACUGUACUCCCGCGUGUGGCUCUCGUCGCCGUCCGUCAUAUUCCCCGGGAAACCUUUGGAGCAAACUCAAAAGGACAACGACCAGUUCAAACAGAUCAGCAAGUGCUACGACGUCGACUGCCUGCGUCGCUUGCCGCAGCUGGCGGUGUUGAGCGCGACGCCCGACACGUGGCUGGGGAGCGAUGUGAGCACCCUGCCGACCUCCGACGAAAUCAAACGGUCGUGGCUAGUGCUCGACGGAAAGUACCUCCGGACUCACGCCUACGAACGUUGGGACGCCCUGAGGGAAGCUAAGAAUAUCGGCAAAGAGAAGUUGUUCAAACCGAUGGUGUUCGGCACGACGGAACACUCCGGGCACUCGGAACUGCUGAGAAUGAAGCACCUGAAUUGGACAGCCGAAAUCGUGGAAAGGAUGGUAAACGAGAGCUACCUCGGACAGAAGAACUUGACGGCGGAGGUGUUCGCGCUGUUCGACAAGUCGUACGCGGGGCUGGUGGAGCUGGUGUCGGCCGUGCGCACGCUGUGCCCGCUGGUGAGCCUGGCGCGCCUGCGCCUGCGCGCGCCGCUGUACGUGGCGCUGGGCGCGGGCGCGGGCGGCGGCGCGGCGGGCACGGGGCUGGCGGCCGUGGACUCGGACGUGCAGGCCAUCCUCGGCAGCUUCGACUCCGUCAUGCCGGAGCAGCGCCGCUUCAUGGCGGCCAUCCAGCAGCUGUUCUACUACUACGUGUGGAACGGACGCCUGCCGGCCGAGCACGACCUCAUCGCCGUGGGGCAGGACGCGCUGCCGCUGCGCGGCCUGCCGCAGUGCGACCUGCUCAUACAGAAGGACGUGGUGCCGCGGCACGCGCACGUCGAUUGAGUAAACACUCCAAUCAAUCCGAAUAUCUUUACUUUUCGUUGUGUGUCAUUUUAAACUUCUGUAUUAAUUUUUUAUCUAACUGAUCUUUUUAAAGGUUUGAUCUUUUUCUUGUAAAACUAGCUUUCUCUGUACUUACGAUACUCGCGUUCGCCGCUCGGUCCGUAGGGGCACGCUGUAUUAAUCUCUAUGAUACUCAGAUAGUUUUUUUAUACUGAGCUCAGUUCAGUAUUGUCUUCGAUUUUUCUAGGAAUAAUUUAAUAACCGAUACUGAUAUGGACGUUAUUCAAUAAGGUCCAUUAUCGUAAGUCUUUAUCGGUUGAUAAGACCGGUAAAGGGUUGAUAACCAAAUAAGACUGAUUUUCGAAACCAUCAAAUGCAAUGAUCUCAUGUCAACAUUUAACCAGUCGCGUAAGUGUAAUUUAUACCACCUGAAUGAAAAUUAAUGUAAUACUUGUAGUUAGUUUUAUUACUUUUAUAACAUAGGGUAUACUCAUUGUAAAAUAGAUUGAUAAGAGUCAAAACUCAAAAAUGUUUAAAAUAGUGAUUCCAAAAACAAAGACCCCAAUUUAGUCUUUAGUAGUGUAAUAAGAUAAUAUUCAUAUCUUCAAUAAUAGUGAUUUACUUUAAAGUCUGAUGAUCCAAAGAAUAAAAUGUGGAUAAUUUUCUACUGAUUUAUGAUAAU